AUGGAUGGAUACCCAAUGCCAGUAGCCGAUUUGCUGGUGGACACUGCUGUAGGGCACAAGGUGAUUAGUUUUAUGGAUGGUAAUGCUGGGUAUAACCAAAUAUUUAUGGCAGAAGAGGAUAUUCAUAAAACAACAUUUAGGUGUCCUGGGCAUGUCGGCUUGUAUGAAUGGAUUGUGAUGACUUUUGGGCUGAAGAAUGCCGGUGCUACGUAUCAGAGGGCCAUGAAUUAUAUUUUUCAUGAACUCAUCGGCAAGAUUGUGGAGAUCUAUAUUGAUGAUGUUGUAGUGAAAUCAGUAGGAUACCAAGAGCAUCUGGUCGAUUUACACAGAACUCUAGAGUGCACAAGGAAACAUGGCUUGAAGAUGAAGCCGAACAAGUGUGCUUUUGGGGUAUCGGCUGGACAGUUCUUGGGUUUUAUAGUUCAUGAACGUGGGAUUGAAAUCAGUCAGAAGACAAUUACAGCAAUCAACAAGGUGGAGGCCCCAAAGACCAAGGUUGAGCUUCAAUCGUUCAUCGGCAAGAUUAAUUUCAUCCGGAGGUUUAUAUCUAACCUGUCUGGAAAAAUUCUACUGUUCAGUUCACUGUUGAAGUUGAAGGCCGAUCAGGAGUUUGUAUGGGGAGAAGAACAGCAGAAGGUGCUGGAUGGGAUCAAACAUUACCUGACAAAUCCUCCAGUGCUAGUUCUGCCUCAGAGGCACAAGCCGUUUAAGUUGUAUUUAUCGGCUGAUGAACAUGCCAUCGGAUCGGCCCUUAUUCAAGAAUUUGAAGAAUUUGACUUGAGACAUGAAUCGGCUAAGGCAGUUAAGGGACAGGUCAUGGCUGAUUUUGUUGUUCAGCAUUGUGGUUCGGAGUCUGCUGUUGUAGAUCUCGCUCCUUGGACUCUAUUCUUUGAUGGUUCUUCUUGUGGAGUUGGAUCUGGCAUCAGCGUUGUGCUAAUAUCGCCUCGGGGGGCAACUUUCAAGUUUUCGUUUCCGAUCGAAGCUUCUGCCACCAAUAAUCAAGCUAAAUAUCGCGCUAUUCUUAAGGGGAUUCGGUUGCUCAAGGAGAUUAAAGCCGAUGUUGUAGAAAUAUUUGGGGAUUCUAUGCUGGUGGUUAAUCAGUUAAUUGGAGAGUAUGAAUGUAAGGACGACAUUCUGAGGAUUUAUCAUGAAGAAUGCCUCCAGCUUUUGAGAGAGUUUAAAAAGUGGGUUGAAGUAGUUCCUUUGAAGAAGGUGACAUCUAAGGAUAUGGUGGAGUUUGUUAAGGAGCAUAUUAUAUAUCGGUUCGGUGUUCCUCAAACCAUUACUACCGAUCAGGGAACUAUGUUCAUAUCUGGUGAAUUUGAGGAUUUUGCCGCUAGCAUGGGAAUCAAAUUGUUGAAUUCUUGUCCAUAUUAUGCCCACGCAAAUGGCCAGGCAGAAGCAUCUAAUAAAGGAAUUAUCAAGUUGAUCAAAAGAAAGAUUGAUGAGCAACCAAGACGAUGGCAUACGACACUCAGUGAGUCUCUAUGGGCAUAUCGGAUGGCUUGUCAUGGUGCUACCAAGGUGUCCCCGUAUCACUUGGUGUAUGGACAUGAGGCUGUCCUGCCUUGGGACUUCAAGAUAGGCUCUAAGCGUGUGAUGUUUCAAGAUCAGCUGACAGCCGAUGAAUAUUUGGCUCUGACGAAAGAUGAGUUGGAAGAUUAA